UGCCGAAGGGCACAGCAAUGCUCGGGGCUCGAGGAAAGGAAAGGGGUUGAUGUUCUCUGGUAAAGCUGUAGGGAGCCUAUAGCGCUGUAGGUGUGAGGGGGUUGGUAGAGCUGAUCCCCACGUGGGUAAGUUUGUGUGUGGACUCUACACCUGUUGUGUGUGAGCUCAGGGAGGUCCCUGGGGGGCUGGAGUGGGUGCAGAGCCUGGGCGGCCCCUUUGGCCUCCCAGCCAACCGGGCCAUCAAUGACGACAACUCCAGAAAUAACAGUCCAACCCUGAAAUUAGACUGUUGAGAUGAUAAUUUCCCUUUCUCUCCCUGGGUCAGCACUGUGCACCCACCCACCUGGAUCCAGCUCCUCCAGCAGCAGCCCAGCCCCAGCAUAGACAGCUGGCCACGGUUGCCUGGACAAAUAAGCACAGGCUGUCCCAUACAGCCCCUGCAGCAGGGGACAGGGAGACGAAGGUGUCGUGAGCCCUGGAUACCUACUGCUGCACCCAGCUACAGUGCUGGCAGGUUGACGGUCUUCUGGUCCGCAGCAUUCCAGGAAGAUGGCUCAGCCAGCACCCCUGAACCAGAACCUCCCAGAUCUUGGGGGCCCAUUCUUGUAUCGGGACCAGGACGAUGGAGAGAAAAGCUCGUAUUCUGUGGAAACCCCUUAUGGCUUCCUGCUGGACCUUGAUUUCCUGAAAUAUGUUGAUGAUAUUGAAAGUGGCCAAACACUCAAGAAAGUGCCACUGCCUCGCAGGGUGAAAGGGUCCCGUCCACUGCCCAGCACGCUGCGCAGCCCCAGCAGCCACACCAGCGCCUGGACCUCCACCGAGUCCCUCACCUCCACGGCCAGCGAGGAGGGCAGGACUGCGCUGCUGCUGUCCCCGCACGGCCGAGCACCCCUGGAGCCUGCGAGCAAGUCAACCUCCCACCCCAUCUUGCCGCCGCCAGUGCGGCUGCUCCCACCUCCCACCCGCAAGUGCCUUGUGCCAAACCCACGGGUGGAGAAGACCUUGCUGGAGACAAGCAGGAGGCUGGAGCAGGAGCAGGGCCGUUUGCAGGAUAUUGGUGGUCCCUCCCACGUUGGCCUGCCGGGUGCCCUGGGCCAGCCACCCCACUGGGUGCCAGUGGGUGCCGAGGGCCAGGCAGGCUGGGGCCGGGUGAGCCCUGGCAGCUCGGGGCGCAGCACUCCAGCUGCAGGGCUCGGCACGGCCCCGCUGCAGCAUGUGCGGGAGCAGAUGGCUGCAGCCCUGCGGCAGCUCCGGGACCUGGAGGAGCAGGUGAAAACCAUCCCACUCCUGGAGAUGCAGAUCUGCGAGUUGAAGAGGGAGAAGGCAAAGUUGCUGGAGAAGCUGUCGGCAGAGCCUGGCGAGGCAUUGUAUCACCCCUCUGGCUCUGAGGCAGGGGCAGAGGGUGAGGAGGGGCCCCGUACAGGGCCAGAGAGCGAAGCAGAGCCAGUGAAGGGACGAACAAGUAAAAUUGCAGAGCUGAGGAAGCUAACAGAGAAGCUGGCUGUGCCGGAGCGGAACAUCAGGGCUUGGCCAGGCAAGAGGGUGGCUGAGAGGCCGUGCCGCUCUGUGGCAGUGGGUGAGGAUCGGGCCAUGACAGAUGCCGUCUUCUACUACCGGUCGCAGCAGGAGAGUGGGGAUGCUCCAGAGAGCGGCACGCGGCAACACAGGGAUGUGGCCAUCUGGGUGAUCGAGUCCUCGCUGGGGCUGGCCACUGAGGCAGAGCGGGAGCUGGAGCUGCUGCAGCAGACGGUAGGGCACCAGAAGGAGGUAAUCACCCUGAUGGAGGGGCACCUGCAGGAGGCCACGCAGGAGCUGGAGGAGCUGCGGCUGGAGGUGUGCGCCCGCCGGCCCCAAGGGCAGGUGGACAAGGAGGUGAUGGCCAUGCCACAGGUGGCCGAGGCACUGGUGGAGGCUGUGGUAGUGACACAGAGCCGGGCAGUUGGCGACCCCCCAAAGACAGCAGAAGCAGGUGUGGAGUGCUGCCCCCCAACCUCCUGUGUCGCCGUGGGCUGCCGCCCUGAUGGGCAGGAUGUGGCAGUUGGACCUGAUUCAGCUGCCAGCUGUGAUGACAAGGGUAGCCAGACAGAUGUGGGCAGCAUUGUCCUGGCAGGAGAGGAGAAGGAGCCUGGUGCGGGUGAGAUGAUGGAGCCUGGCCUGGGUGAUGGCCUGAGCAGCCCUUCAGCGCCAGGUGCAGGAGCAACGGCGGGGAUGUGCUCAGCCAGCCAAGGCCCUGGGCCAGCUGUACUGGAGACAACACACAGCAACUGGGACCCAGCCCCAGCACAGGACAGUGGAGCUGCCCCAAGCCCUACAGCCAGAGCCCUGAAGUCCAUCAUGAAGAAGCGGGAUGGUCCUCCCCGGAGCAAGGCAGAGGGCAGCAAGAAGAGCCUGCAGUUUGUGGGAGUGCUGAACGGAGAGUAUGAGAGCACAUCCAGUGAGGAGGAUGAAGAAGGCAACAACUCCUCUGAGAAGGCUUUGGCCAACAGCUCCAACAGUUCAGAGCAGGGAGACACCGAAACCUCAGAAGAGGAGGCCGGGGAAGGCACGUGCGAGCCCAGACUGGAGUGCAAGGGGACUGAUAUGACCCUGCUGGAGCCCCCUGAGGUGAAGGAAAAGUUCGAGCUGAGCCCCAGGAUGAGGGAGGCCUGCCUCAUUGUCAAGACCCACCUGGGCCACCUGGGUGCUGCCAAGAGCAAAGAGGUGCUUGCCAGCAGCAGCCUGGUCCUUCAGGAGUGGUUCCGUCUGUCCAGCCAAAAGUCGUCCAUCCCUGACAUGGUUGCCAACCACCUCCUGGCCUUUGCUGAAGUCUCACCAGCUCUUCUGGCCCACGUGGUGAACCUGGCAGACGGGAAUGGCAACACAGCCCUGCACUACAGUGUCUCCCACUCCAACUUCCACAUCGUGUGGCUGCUGCUGGAUACAGGGAUAUGUAAUGUGGACCACCAGAACAAAGCUGGGUACACCGCCCUGAUGCUGGCAGCACUGGCAGCUGUUGAGCAGGAGGAGGACAUGAAUGUGGUCAGGAGGCUUUUCAGCAUGGGCAACGUCAACGCCAAGGCCAGCCAGGCUGGCCAGACGGCGCUGAUGUUGGCUGUCAGCCACGGCCGGCAGGAGAUGGUGGAAGCCCUGCUCGCCUGCGGGGCCGAUGUGAACCUGCAGGACGAGGAGGGCUCCACCGCGCUGAUGUGUGCCUGCGAGCAUGGCCGCCUGGAGACCGUGAAGCUGCUGCUGGCUCAGCCCACCUGCAACAUCUCUAUCGUGGACAGUGAUGGUAACAAUGCUGUUGCCGUCGCGCUGGAGGCCGGUCACAGUGACAUUGCUGCGCUCCUCUACACCCACCUCAACAGCACGAAGACACAGGUACCUCAGGGGACUUCACUGACAGCCACAAAGAGCCCUGGGAGUCCAAAGAAACCAAAUUAGAGCGACCUUGGGAUCCAGUCAGGGGCCUCCAUCAGCACUGGGCUGUGAUUCACAUCCCCUCACCUGCCACCUCUCUGUGCCAAACCGCUCUCUGCAGCUUUAGUCCUGUCACAAGCACCAUCCCUGGCCUCCCUCACCCGUCUCCUCCACUGGAUGCAGUCCACACGUGGCCACCUCACCACCAAGUGACCGGAGCCAAGUGACAUAAGGGUGGGACAUGCAGGGAGCAGAAGCCACCCCAUCCCCUCUGCUCCCUGCCACGACCACUGGAGCUGUGCCACCUGUGAGCCCUCAGCAAGGAAGAACAGCAGAGAACCAACCCAGAAGAAACACCACCUGGUUUGUGCUCUCUGGCAGCUCUGAGAAGGCAGUAGGGACAGUGACAUGGAGCCAGGAGGGCAAGGGACAGCUCCUGGCCCCAGCAGGGACACUGCUCGGCAGGUACACCCUGUACAGCAAUGAGAGAGGGAAUGCUGCCUUGGACAGGGCUGGAAGUAUUUCCAGACUCAAAUACUUGCCCUUCUUUUCUGGCAUUUCCUUUCCUGGCUGAAAUCUGAUUUUUUUCCUCUUUUCAAGCACGUGCAUACAAAGUAAAAAAAUUAUAUUGCUUGGCCAAGGGAUGAAGUUCAACAUGAAAUCACUUGGGACUUGAUUUGCUCAAUGGGAGCAAAACCUCUGAGCAGUUGAGUUGCAGCCAAGUGACGAAAGGGGCUGAGGAUGCAUUUGGGGACUAAUUCUGCCUAUCUUAUAACCGACAAGGGGAGCAGGUCCUUCUCCCAAGGAAGAGAGACCAAUUACCUCCUAAACAUUUCCCUAAUUAGCCAAUCCCCCAGACUGUGCAGACAGCCAGAGCCUACAGCAAAGUCCCUCUCUGCCCACUUUUCAUCCCAAAAGGGAGGGCAGCUGAAGACACCACCAGGAAAAACACAUGGGCCAGAAGAGCUCAGAGCACACACUUGGAAUCUGCAAAGGGGAACAUGUAUGUUAGAGAAUGUGUCUGUGCAAGUGUGUGAGCACCAUGUGGGGUGGGAACAGGGUAAGGACAAUGACCAGAAGAAAGGUUUUGCAUGGCAAUGCAGCUCUGCUCUGAGCCUUUCACAAAGGCAUUGUUGUGGCCCACAUCCCUGCUCCUUGGCCCAGCCUACCCACUUCUGCCCCUGCCUGACCUGCUCUGAGCUGGGGAGCCCCACAGCCCUCUGCAGAAAUUUGCUGUCAGCUUUGCACUGGAGUUAAUAUACAGCGCUUGCUGCCACUCCCUAAUACACUACUCUGUUUACUGGUAUUUCAAUACUGAUGUUUAUUUUUAAGAUAUAAAUAAAAUUUAAAGUUAUUUUGAAAUAUUACA